UGCCUCUCUGCCCCGAUCUUGCCUCCUCGGUGGCUGAAGAAGGACACACGAUGAAGAAAAAGAGCUCGACAGGAGGCGAGGCGUCGCACAAGGCGUCCGUCUCGCUUCCGGACGGCCUCGGCAGCGCGGCGCUGACGUUUGACUCGCUCGACGAGAGGGCGGCGCUGCGCUUCGUCGGGCACGCGAGCGCGGGCGCCUCGGUCCUCUUUGUCGGCACCACGCGCGACAACUUCCAGGGCAAAGAAGUCGUCAAGCUCGAGUACGAGGCAUACAGCGAGCUGGCCAUCAAGACGCUCCAGCGCAUCGUCGAGCUCGCCUGCCACGCCGCCGGUCCCUGGCCGCUCUCGCAGCCGCUCGCCAGCUUCAGUAGCAGAGGCAGCACUGACAACAAGAUGGAAGGACAGAGCACCGAGAGCAAGAAGGAAGAGCAAGAAAGCGAAAGGAAGACGGAAGGGCAAGCGGGCAAGCAGCCUGCCUCGCGGCGCGUCUACAUAGCCCACCGGCUCGGAAACGUGCCCGUGGAGCAGGCCUCGAUCCUCGUCGCCGUCAGCAGCCCGCACCGGCGCGAGGCAUUCGAAGUGGCCGAGUGGGCGCUCGAGCUCGUCAAGCGCGAGGCGCAGAUCUGGAAAAAGGAGGUGUACAAGGGUGACGCUGAUGCGAGCCAGUGGAAGAGCAAUGCGGCCGAUACGGCGGCAAGAGCAGCAGCAGCAGACAAGCUGCCGUAGACGACGAUGCUUUCGGUCCCUUGUGCCAUCGAAAAAGCAGGAGGAGAAGGAAGAGGAAGUGUGGGAAACCAAACAAGAAGAUACCCACUGUAUAUACUUUUAUAAGACAGGACAUGCAUGGAGA